AUGCAAACUGCUCAGUACGGACGGCCUCAGGAAUCUACUUCCUAUGUCGCCGCUUCGGCAGAGCAGAUCCAAACGACACCCGUACCUAAAAACGUCGCCUUUGAGCUGCUUCUUGAUGAAGAGUCCAAGGUUCGAGCACGGAUACCCAUGCGAGUGCAGAUCUAUCCACAUGACACUACCGACUCCAUCGUGACAACCGUUAAGAACUUCUAUGGGAUCUACGACAAGCAAGCCAGCGGUGUUAGCUUUGAGGAUGAGAAUGGCAUCACUCUCAUCGCCAGGUAUGAGAAUUUGAGAAAUAACAUGACGGUCUACGUUCGGGUGAUCCCCGCCCAGGCAUAUGGCGAAGGCUAUAGUGAGCGCUUCUAUGGCUCCUAUCCCAUCGAGGCCCGUAAACGCCCUAGUCUGGGGGAGCCUUUUCAGAUGCCUGCCAUGCCAUCUACGCAUGUAGACCAUGCCCAACCACCAUCCCGUCCCACUUCGAGGCUGGCCAGGAAGCGCAGCACGUCGCCUUCAUCCCGGAGUCGUCGUAGCGCUUCCCAGAACAAGCACUCUAAGGCGGGGGCCAAAAGCAGAAAUCCCACCAACGGCGUCCAAGACGAUUAUGAUGACGAUAAUACUGAUAGCGAGGAUGGCUACGGGUCUGCCAAUGGUACCAAAAAGGAGAUAUUUGCCAGUUCCGACAUCAGUAUGGAGAACAUCCUCCAUGACGGUCGUCGGAAACGGCCAAAAUUUGACAGUUCGGAAUUGCCCUUGUUCGCUCCCCCUCAGGUGCCUCUAACUACAUCUACCUCCUCGAUCUCACCGCAGCGUCAGUCGAUCGGCCAAGAGGGAGCUGGUUCGCCCUUCGCUCGUCCCACCCAGCGGCCCUAUACAUACCCACCCUUGCCAUCGCCACAGAGCUAUGGCCAUAAUGAACAGGCAUACAGUUCUCGAAAUGCGUAUGCUACUCCCAUGGUCCAGGAACAUGGCCAUCGCCUGCGCGACCGGACCACUACACAAUCGUCGGGGCAAUUUAGCAAUGGCCGGACCAACGGGCCUGGCAUCCUACCCACCCCAGACCCCACGAUUGCCAGCUGUAUCUCUGAUGAAGAUGUCGCAAUGCAGUUGAUUCGUCUGGGCGAUGCGUCCAACUUCUCCCAUGGCCGCACAUCCACGUCAACUUUGGACGAUGCCUUCAGCGGCGCAGCGGAUGCUGCUUCCUCUACAGGCGCGACCAGCGACGGGGAAGACUUUAGCGAAGACGAUGACGAACUCCCCGCACGGUCGAGACAGCGGUUGGAUUCGAGCCCAAUGCUGCCUCCAGGCACCACUAAACGCACCCACAAGCGUCUGGACGACAUCCUUCCCAGCUUUGACAGUUCGGAUGCCAGCUGGGAUGAGGAUGACUAUCGGAAUGAUGAUCCCGCUGACAGUGUGAUCAAGAGCGAGGUUGAUGAUGACGUCCCCAAGGCGAAAAAGGCCAAGACUCGUGCCAUCAGCACGACCUCAAACAACAACAGCACCAAGUCUCGGGGAUCCAAGUCGGCAACCGCGCGCCCCAAGAGCACCAAGGCUUCAUCUACUGGCAACCCUCGCAAGAAGUCGUCAUCGACUACCAACGGCAUCCAUAAGGCUAAUAUCGCCCCUAUUACCACUACUGUCACCGCCUCUCCCGGGAUGGUCAGUCCUGCCCCAACCCGCAAGACUUCGAUGUCGUCGGUCAACUUCCAGCAUCAGCUCGCUGCCGAUGAGGAAGACUUGUCGACCAAGCCGCGCUGCCAGCGCUGCCGGAAGAGCAAGAAGGGUUGUGAUCGCCAGCGCCCUUGCGGACGAUGCAAGGAUGCUGGUAUUGGUAUCGAAGGGUGCAUCAGCGAGGACGAAGGGAAUGGUCGCAAAGGCCGUUACGGUCGCCACAUGGGCGUCCCGGUUAAGAAAUCCAUUGAUUUCUCUGAUACGAGCGAGACUCAUACCGCCGUCGCUGCUGUUUCUGCCUCGAUGGCAGACAAGAACAAGAAGCGAAAGCGGUAG